AUGGCGUACCGUUUGGCUCUACCACCUCAACUGGCUGGAGUGCAUAAUGUUUUUCACAUCUUUAUGCUACGGAAAUACAAGCCACACUCUUCUCACAUCAUCAAUUGGGAGGAAAUUAAUCUUGAUGAAGAUAUGACAUUUGAAGAAAAGUCUGUCAAAAUUUUAGAUCGUCGCGAGAAGAAAUUACGAGGUAAAACUAUGCCGUUGGUCCGAGUUCUCUGGAAACAUCGUGGGACAGAAGAGUCAACGUGGGAACGAGAUGAUAUGAUAUGUGCCAAUUACCAUCAACUUUUCGAGUCUAAAGAUUGGUUGAAGUUGCUUCUUUUUAGGAAGGUAGAAAUUGUAUCUAUUUUUCAUUUUGCUUUUGUUUUGAAGCUGAUUAAGUGCAUAGAACAAAAGGAUGAAGCCACUGGCAUUGGGAUUGGAUGA